AUGGUCGGACCAGCAGCUCAAGCAGCCAAGAACAAGGCUCGUCAGGUCUUCAUGAAGAACUGGUACGCUCCCGAAGUUCUUCCUAUCUACGUUAUUACUGGUCUCGCUGCCGGUGGUGCCACUUGGUAUCUGAGCCGCCUUGCACGAGGACCCGACGUCAUCUGGGACCGCAAGAACAACCCCACCCCAUGGAACAACGUCGAGCCAGGCACCCAAACCAAGUUGAUGACGGUCAACCAGCAGUUUGACAAGCAGUACAAGCGCGACCGUCUUUGA